GAGCAAGUGUGAACGCAGGGGGGUUGCCAGUUUUUAAUCCCAAUCCCACACUUCAAGAAAGUGCCUCUCCGUUUCAGCGAGGAUGGAGAACGCACACAUGAAAGCGUCCCCGGACGUCCUGUCCUACUUUGGCGUCACUGAAGACAACGGCCUUUCGCCUGAUCAGGUCAAGAAGAACCUGGACAAGUAUGGCUUCAACGAGCUGCCAGCAGAGGAGGGAAAGACCAUCUGGGAGUUGGUGGUGGAACAGUUUGAGGACCUGUUGGUCAGGAUCUUACUGCUGGCCGCCUGCAUCUCUUUUGUACUGGCUUGGUUUGAGGAAGGUGAGGAGACUGUCACUGCCUUUGUUGAGCCCUUCGUCAUCCUCCUCAUCCUCAUUGCAAAUGCUGUUGUUGGAGUGUGGCAGGAGCGCAAUGCAGAGAGUGCCAUUGAAGCUCUGAAGGAGUACGAGCCUGAGAUGGGGAAAGUUUACCGGUCGGACAGGAAGAGCGUGCAGAGAAUCAAGGCCAGGGAGAUCGUUCCUGGGGACGUGGUGGAGGUUUCAGUUGGUGACAAAGUUCCAGCUGACAUCAGAAUCAUCUCCAUCAAAUCUACAACUCUGCGUGUGGACCAGUCCAUCCUCACUGGUGAGUCUGUCAGUGUGAUCAAACACACAGAUCCAGUCCCAGACCCCCGAGCCGUCAACCAGGACAAGAAGAACAUGCUGUUCUCCGGCACCAACAUCGCUGCAGGAAAAGCCACUGGUAUCGCUGUUGCAACUGGUGUCUCCACUGAGAUCGGUAAGAUUCGUGACCAGAUGGCCGCCACCGAGCAGGAGAAGACCCCUCUGCAGCAGAAACUGGACGAGUUUGGGGAGCAGCUCUCCAAGGUCAUCUCUCUCAUCUGUGUGGCUGUGUGGAUAAUCAACAUUGGCCAUUUCAACGACCCCGUCCACGGAGGUUCCUGGCUCCGCGGCGCUGUCUAUUAUUUCAAGAUUGCUGUGGCUCUGGCUGUGGCCGCCAUCCCCGAAGGUCUGCCCGCUGUCAUCACCACCUGCCUGGCUCUGGGGACGCGUCGUAUGGCCAAGAAGAACGCCAUCGUCAGAAGCCUGCCCUCUGUGGAGACCCUGGGCUGCACCUCAGUCAUCUGCUCCGACAAGACCGGCACCCUCACCACCAACCAGAUGUGUGUCACUAAGAUGUUCAUCAUUGAUAAAGUCGAGGGUGACAAUGUGGCUCUCGGUCAGUUUGACAUCUCAGGCUCAAAGUACACCCCAGAGGGAGAUGUUACAAGGAAUGGCAUGUCUCUGAAGUGCGGCCAGUAUGAUGGACUGGUUGAGCUGGCCACCAUCUGCGCUCUGUGCAACGACUCAUCUCUGGACUACAACGAGGCCAAAGGUAUUUAUGAGAAAGUGGGUGAGGCCACUGAAACAGCUCUGUCCUGUUUGGUGGAGAAGAUGAACGUGUUCAACAGUGAAGUGCGCGGCCUGUCCAAGGUGGAACGGGCAAACGCUUGCUGUGCUGUGAUCAAGCAGCUGAUGAAGAAGGAGUUCACCCUGGAGUUCUCCAGAGACAGAAAGUCCAUGUCAGUAUACUGCUCUCCUGCCAAGUCCGGCAAAGGCGGCCCUGUGGGAAACAAGAUGUUUGUCAAAGGUGCUCCAGAAGGUGUCAUUGACCGCUGCACGUACGUUCGUGUGGGCACCUCCCGCAUCCCUCUGACUGAACCAGUCAAAGACCACAUCAUGUCCGUCAUCAAGGAGUGGGGCACCGGGCGGGACACGCUCCGCUGUCUGGCUCUGGCCACCUGUGACUCCCCAAUGAAGAAGGAGGAGAUGAACCUGGAGGACUCCACCAAGUUUGUAGACUAUGAGACUGACUUGACCUUCGUGGGCUGUGUCGGGAUGCUCGACCCUCCUCGUAAGGAAGUCAUGAGCUCCAUCGAGCUGUGCAGGGCUGCUGGCAUCCGUGUCAUCAUGAUCACUGGUGACAACAAAGGCACAGCUGUGGCCAUCUGCCGCCGUAUUGGCAUCUUCACUGAGGAUGAGGAUGUGACUAACAAAGCCUUCACCGGUCGUGAGUUUGAUGACCUCGCUCCAUAUGAUCAGAAGGUCGCCGUCCGAAAGGCUUGCUGCUUCGCCAGAGUGGAGCCGUCCCACAAGUCUAAGAUUGUUGAGUUCCUGCAAGGCUUUGACGAGAUUACCGCCAUGACUGGUGACGGAGUGAACGAUGCCCCUGCCUUGAAGAAGGCGGAGAUUGGCAUCGCCAUGGGCUCUGGCACUGCCGUUGCCAAGUCUGCCUCUGAGAUGGUCCUGGCUGACGACAACUUCUCCUCCAUCGUGUCCGCUGUUGAGGAAGGCCGAGCCAUUUACAACAACAUGAAGCAGUUCAUCCGCUACCUCAUCUCCUCCAACGUAGGCGAGGUCGUCUGUAUCUUCCUGACUGCGGCCCUGGGCCUGCCCGAGGCUCUGAUCCCCGUCCAGCUGCUGUGGGUCAACCUUGUGACUGACGGUCUGCCGGCCACCGCGCUGGGCUUCAACCCGCCUGACCUGGACAUCAUGGGCAAAGCCCCCCGCUCACCCAAAGAGCCCCUCAUCUCCGGCUGGCUCUUCUUCAGAUAUAUGGCCAUCGGAGGUUACGUCGGUGCUGCAACUGUGGCAGCAGCUGCCUGGUGGUUCCUGUACUGUGACGAAGGCCCAAUGGUUACCUUCCACCAGCUGUCACACUUCAUGCAGUGCAGCGAGGAAAACGAGGACUUUGCUGGUAUCCACUGCGAGGUGUUUGAGGCUGCUCCCCCAAUGACCAUGGCUCUGUCUGUGCUGGUCACCAUCGAGAUGUGCAACGCCCUGAACAGCUUGUCUGAGAACCAGUCCCUGGUGCGCAUGCCCCCCUGGAGCAACGGCUGGCUGGUGGCCGCCAUGAGCCUCUCCAUGUCCCUUCACUUCAUGAUCAUCUACGUCGACCCCCUGCCCAUGAUCUUCAAGCUCACUCACUUGAAUGUGGAACAGUGGCUGAUGGUGCUGAAGCUCUCCUUCCCAGUCAUCCUCAUCGAUGAGCUUCUUAAGUUUGUGGCUCGCACAUAUCUGGAGGGAAAAGUGUAGAGACGGAGCGUGACGGAGCGGUUGAAGCAGAGAAAGCGAGAGAGCGAGACACGGAGGAUGGAGAGAACGAGGCGGAGCGCUCCCACAGAAAGAGAGCCUGCCAACAGUCACUUGACGUGAUCAAAACAUCUAGUGGCAUGAAUACAAAAGAAAACACAUAAAGCCAUCUGAAAAAAUACACCAAAAGAAAGCUACAAAAUAUUUUUUCUGUGUAUGUACUGAAGUUAAUAUAUAGGUGAGAGUUAUUAAAUCU